UUCCUUGUGUGGUUUAUAAUUUUGAUUUGAACUUCUCUUCAUAGGCAUGGCAUUGCUUGGAUGUGAUGUAGUUGCUACAGACCAAAGGGAUGUUUUGCCUAUACUAGCGAGAAAUAUAGAACGUAAUACACCAAGCUUAGCACAAAUGAACCCUUCAGAUUCAUUUGGUUCAAUUAGAGCAGCAGAAUUAGACUGGGGGAAUGAAUAUCAUAUCAUGGCUGUAGGUCCACCAUUUGACUUUAUUAUCGGCACUGACGUCGUUUAUGCAGAACAUCUAUUGGAACCACUUUUAAAGACAAUACAUGCAUUAUCAGGUCCCAAAACUACUAUUAUGUUGGGGUAUGAGAUUCGUUCGACAAACGUUCAUGAGCAAAUGCUUGAGAUGUGGAAAAAGAACUUUGAGGUGAAAACUGUAUCACAAUCAAAGAUGGACUCCCAGUAUCAGCAUCCCAGCAUUCAGCUCUACAUUAUGGGGCUAAAGUCUGCAGCUGGAAAUGCAGAGAACACUCGAGACAAUAUACAACAGGAAAUUGACACGGUUUGUUCAAGACAGGAGAAUGACAAAAAGGAUGUAAGUUACGACGAAAAGGAAAUCCAGGAGGCAGAGGAGCCAGUUAGAGGAGACGAGGAUAAGAAACUGGGCAACUGGGAAACUAGAAGAAUGGGCUCUAUGGCUGCUCGGCUUCUGCAAGAUGUAAAAAUUGCUUGACCCUUUCUUUCGGAGAUAUCUUUUGCUGUAUUCAUACUUGAACAAAUAGGUUAAAUUCAUAUUAAUAUAAUAUCUUGUGAUCGUAAUGAUGUUUGCUUAUGAAACAGUUAAUGGCUUUCCUUCAAGUUUAGGUGGAAUGCCACAAAUCUUGUUGCAAAAGCAGAUGUAUACAACUCUGUUCAGUUUGUAUUGGAACAGUUUUUAUGUUGAAAUUUCAAUGAAAUGAAAACGAAGUUCCAUAACA